AUGUCAUCAUCUAGUAAAUCUCUUAAAAAGAAGAAGCAACAGGUAAAAGGCUCUGAUAUCGCUGCUCCUGGUGGUAAUUAUGGGCGUGGACAUUCUGGUAUGGUUGCUUCUUCCAAUACUGCUAUAUCAAACCCAGCAAAACAAAUCAAUACAAAAUUAAAUAAUGAUAAUGCGAAGCUUAUUAAAUCUAUAAGUAAUGAUCAGAAAAAGACCAUAAAAAAUUUGACCAAUUCAUAUGAGAAGACUAUCAAGAAUUUAAGCGAUAAUCAUAAAGAAGUCAUCAAGAAUUUAAAUGAUAAUCAAACAAAGGUGGUAACGGAGUUGAGCGGGAAUCAUGCUGAUGUUGUAAAAACUAUGAAUAAUAAUGAUGUAAAAAAAUUAAAAGAUAUGUAUGAUGCAUAUGAAAAGGUUAUUAACUCCAUGCAGGCCAAUUAUAACAAGAGAUUACAGAGCCAGGACGAUUUGAUCAAGAUGCUGGCCGUCAGUAAUAUUAAUGUGACGAAUAAGUUACGAAUUAAAGAACACUUUAAAACUUUUGAAUAA